CUUAUUUCUGUAGUACCCAGGUUGUGGUAUAGCCUAAGCCUUACUCAAUCUCUUGCAGAACGGGCUCUAGCUUUCCUCCCUAAACAUAGAUCGACAUCAUAUGCUGUCAAUGGAGAAACUGCAAGAGUUCCUAAAAAAUCGAGGCCUGUCCACGGUCUUUGAACGAUUUCAGGAAGAUAAGAUUGAUGGAAAAGUAAUUUUAGAGCUAACAGAUGAAGAACUGAAAGACUAUGUUCCUGUAAAGGGGGACAGGGUAUCUCUCAGAGUGUUUGCUCGCAAGCAGGAAGGAGAAACUUCAGCAGAAUGUAGAAAACUUGAAUUACUUAAAGCUCUUCAGCCCAAAGCACGCCAGAAAAACACAGACAAUCACACCUCACAGAAACAGUCACUUAUAGCUUCCAAGACAGACUGUGCUAUAACUGUUGGCUUCUGCCUUAGUAUUGGUGAUUCUUUCAGACAGGUUCGUGCCCCUUUAGGUGGAGGGAUACGGCAGAUUAGGGUUUCAAAAGAACUUAAGAAAAACAAACUAAUUGAAAGAAUUGUGCCAUUGUUCUUCCCAAAUGGAAAAAACUGUAAAGGAUCUGUUGAUGAUUUCGUGUUUGACUUGGCAACAGAUGUCACUGGCAAUCAGUUUAUAAGUGAUGAUGAAUCUGUUCAACAAGUCAUACAGCGUCUUGGUCUGAAGCAUCUUAGGUGCUAUUUAGUAGCCUCAUCACACGACACUGACACCUCAGACGAACUCCCAGAUAUAGUGUUCAACGAGACAAGUACUUUCCAUGAGCAACACACAAAUGAAAAAGAGGAUGUCAUUAUUAUCAAUGACAAAAUGACAGAACCACUGCCUGCCUUAGCUUUGGAGGAAUCAGAUUUGGCUUCAAAUCUUUCAGCACAAUCUCCACCAUUGUCACCCAUACAUGACAAUCAAUCGCCUGUUUAUAACAUACCCACAGAAUUCAUAGAAGAGGAUACCCUUGCCUGGUUGGAUCAGUCUGAAGUUCAAUUUCCCUCAUAUUCAAAUAUGGCAGACAUUAAUGAUACUUUAUCGAUAGUAAAAGAGAUUAAACUACACCGUGGAAAUGUUUUUCAGGAUUUUGUUGACUUUUUCUCUUUAGAAGAGAAUAGGAAUUGCCGAACAACUACAUUUGAAGCAAAAAUGGUGAAAGGAAAUGGAGAAAUCGAAAUAGCAGAGGACAACGGAGGGGUCAUGAGAGACGCCCUUUCAGAGUUCUAUCAGACGUUCUAUCUUCAAUGUACCACUGGAAACACAGUUUCUGUUCCAGUCCUUAGGCAUGACAUGGACAGUACACAUUGGGGUGCUGUAGCAGAGGUGUUGCACCUAGCAUAUAGACAGGAACAUAUGUUUCCCGUAAAGAUUGCAAUGCCCUUUAUGCAGCAGGUUCUGUUUGGCCAAGGGAACAAUCCUAUGGAGGCAUUUAUGCAGAUGAUACCUGAUUGUGACAGAGUUCUGUUGGAAGACGCUCUUGCUUCUAAUAGUUUUUCAUCAGUUGAUGAAGAGGAAUUUUUGGAUCUCAUGUCUCGACACGAUUCUAAAAGAAUCCCGACAGAUGCUGCUAGUCUAAAAAUAGUUCUAACAGAAAUAGCUCACAAGGAGAUCAUACAGAUGCCAAUGUUUGUUGCAGACUGCUGGAGUAGAAUACUGAAAACAUUGAAUAUUGCUCCAGAUGAUCUCGAUAAGAUAUAUAGGCAACUGAAGCCAAGCACAAAACGAGUGCUGAAGAUGUUUCAAUUUCCUGAUUCAAUGAGUGCAGAUGAAAAUAACCUAGCUUCAUUCCUGAAGAGACUGGUUCGGGAGAUGGAUAUGAGUCACCUGCCCCUAUUCCUAAGAUUUUGUACUGGUGCAGACAUGACUGUACAAGACAAAAUAAGUGUUAGAUUCACCGAAACAACCAUAAGAUGCCCCACAGCGCAUACCUGCGGAUGUGUGCUAGAAAUUCCACGUUUAUACGCAGCUGAGCCCUUUAUGACCUUUAAGUCAGAAUUUCUGACUUUACUCCAGAACAGAUACUGGCAAAUGGACAUUGUGUGACUGGUAAUAUCAUGAUUAAUAUAGGCAUAUGGGAGAAUUCAGAAAGGUACAUAGAUAUAGGAUGUAUUAGAUGAUUUUGUUAUAAUGUUUUUAAAUUGAAAUUAGGAGUUACUAAACUAUAGUAACCAUGUUUUUUUUUUGUUUCUGUGUCUGUUUUUAUGCAAAUAUUCUAAUCCUGUUUUUAAAUUAGGAGGUAAUGAUUAUGAAUACCUGUUGUAUGCCCUGUAGAUGAUGUCAACAUAAUUGGAAGUAGAUAGCAAAUUAACAUCUGUAAUUUUGUAAACCAGAAGAUAAAGUAGGGGGAGGUAUGGUAUUUUAAUAAUUAUUUCAGGGAACAGUGAGAUUAAGUAUCAUGAUAAUUGAGAUACUUGUUUUACAAUGAUUUAACAAAACGAACUUAUAAUUUAGGUGGACUUGAGUGUUUAUAAUUCCAUUAAUUUGUUAAGAGUUUAAAAAUAUUAUGUUUAAUAUGUUUAAUGGAAUCUUCCAUUUUUUAGAAGCUUAUGAUUAAGCUAAGGAAAACUAUGCCUUGUCAAUGGACAGGAAAGAAUAGCGAAGUUAGUUUUUAAAAAAAUAAAAAAAAAUAAAUAAAAAAUAAAAAAUCAGUAGACAGUGUUUAUUGAUUUUAAAAAAUAAUUCUUUUAGCCACACUGUGUGUUACAAAAUAUUUUAUGCAAUUGCAAGUUUCAUGAGAGAAAAGAAAUGUAUAAGUGUUACAGUUAUUUUGGCUUAAUAAAGUUUGUAAAGCUUUUUAUGCAAAUAUUAUAAUCCUGUUUUUAAAUUAGGAGGUAAUGAUUAUGAAUACCUGUUGUAUGCCCUGCAGAUGAUGUCAACAUAAUUGGAAGUAGAUAGCAAAUUAACAUCUGUAAUUUUGUAAACCAGAAGAUAAAGUAGGAGGAGGUAUGGUAGUUUAUUAAUUAUUUCAGGGAACAGUGAAAUUAAGUAUCAUGAUAAUCGAGAUACUUGUUUUACAAUGAUUUAACAAAACGAACUUAUAAUUUAGGUGGACUUGAGUGUUUAUAAUUCCAUUAAUCUGUUAAGAGUUUUAAAAUAUUAUGUUUAAUAUGUUUAAUGGAAUCUUCCAUUUUUUAGAAGCUUAGUAUGAUUAAGCUAAGAAAAACUAUGCCUUGUCAAUGGACAGGAAAGAAUAACGAAGUUAAUUUUUUUUUAAAUAAAAAAAUAAAAAAUAAAAAAAAUCAGUAGACAGUGUUUAUUGAUUUAAAAAAAUAAUUCUUUUAGCCACACUGUGUGUUACAAAAUAUUUCAUGCAAUUGCAUGUUUCAUGAGAGAAAAAAAAAUUAUAAGUGUUACAGUUAUUUUGGCUUAAUAAAGUUUGUAAAGCUGGUUCA